AUGGUCAGUUUCGAUGUACAGUCAUUAUUCACUAAUCUACCUGUUCUUGACUGCAUUGAGAUUGUAAGAGGUAAGUUAAAGGAUAAUAAGAUGCAUAUUGAAUAUUCAGAAUUGUUAAAGCAUUGCCUAACAUCUGGCUAUCUCAUGUGGAAGGAUGAAUUCUACAUACAAGUAGAUGGAGUAGCAAUGGGUUCGCCGGUUUCCCCCGUUGUCGCAGAUAUAUUCAUGGAAGACUUCGAGGUGCGAGCCCUUAGGUCUCCUACAAUAAGACCCUUAAUUUAUAAAUGCUAUGUAGAUGACACUUUCACAAUAUUAAAUAAAAACAAAACAUCUGCUUUCUUGAACCAUCUUAAUUCUAUCAAUAAUAAGAUCCAGUUUACUAUAGAAUUAGAGGCAAAUAAUUCUUUAGCUUUCCUUGAUAUACUAGUCAUCAGGAAUCCUGACAAUACUUUGGGACAUACUGUUUAUAGGAAACCCACACAUACGGAUAGAGGCCGAGCUGCAGCAUGUAAGACGUGCUCUGACCAUCAACAACCUGCCCCUGCCUCGCCAGCAUUGAAGAACCAGAUAAACCCACCUACAGUUGAGCGACAACCUGGAAUUCUACCAUAUGUAAAGGGAGUUACUGACAGAAUAGGCAACAUCUUGAAGAAGGUUUCAAUCAAGACUAUUUAUAAACCACAUAAGAAAGUUAGCCAAUUCUUGAGAUCAAUCAAGAGUAACAUUCCUUUACAACAAGCGGGUGUAUAUAAACUUGAUUGUGACUGUGGCUUGUCAUACAUCGGACAGACAAAGAGAAGCAUCGGUACAAGGGUUAAGGAACACAUUUCAGACGUCAGGAAUAGGCGCGCGUCGAAGUCAGCAGUGUGCGAACAUGCAUUGGACAAACCAAGCCAUUACAUUAGAUUUGAUAAACCACAGAUCCUCGCUCGUGAAGACAGAUAUAUACCAAGGUUAAUCCGCGAGGCUAUUGAAAUUAAAAAACACCCCAAUUUCAAUAGAAAAGAUGGCUGGAACCUAUCAAACCCCUGGGAUCCUCUUCCUAAAAAUAUAAAAUCCCAUGUCCGUGACCACACCGCAGGACCUCGAGACACCGUUGUCGGCAUCCAGAGCGGUACACAAGACAAUUAA